AUGCCUAUCCCUACUGUGCGUCUUCCUUCGGGCGUUGAGCUGCCGCGCCUCGCCUUUGGUACGGGCACAGCGCUGUACCAGUCCGCCGCUGCCAAGCAGGUGACCAUGGCGCUCAAUGCCGGCUUCCGCUUCGUCGACGGUGCCGAGGUGUACGCCAACGAGGAAUCCGCCGGCGAAGGCAUCCAGACCUUCCUCAAGUCGUCCGGGCUAAAGCGCGAGGACAUCUACGUGCUCACGAAAGUGGGCAAGGACGGCAUGGCGGAUCUGCAGUCGGCAGUCAAGGAGGAGAUGCGCAAGCUCCAAGUCGACUAUCUCGACUCGUACCUGCUCCACUUCCCGCCGCGCGGCAAGGACGGCUUGCCUUCCAACGUGGAUGCCUGGAGGCAGCUCGAGAAGAUCAAGGCUGCCGGGCUGACCAAGAGCAUCGGCGUGAGCAACUGGCUCGCCUCGGACAUCCAGCAGCUGCUCGACGCCGGCCUCAGCACCCCGGACAUCAACCAGAUCGAGUUCCACCCCUACCUCUACGCAAACGCAGAGUACACAAAGCUGAUGGCGCUCCAGAAGAAGCACGGCAUUGUGACGAUGACCUACGCCGCGCUCGCACCGUUCUACAAGUCGACGCUCCCCGAGGAUGGUCCGCUGAACAAGGCGCUCACCGCCAUCGCGGGAAAGAACGACAAGCGCACCACCGCAGCCGUGCUGCUCCGCUGGGCGCUCCAGCGUUCGGAGGGAAUCAUUACGACUACGACCAGCAAGGAGUCGCGCGCCAACGAGCUGCUCGACCAGCUCGACUCGAACAACGACGCCCAGCUGCACCUCGACGAGGACGAGCUGAAGCAGAUCGACGAGGCGGGCAAGCAACACGGCUACGAAAACGACGGAUCCGAAGCGCGCCGCUGCGAAUUCAAGGUAGCGGACCUGCAACACGUCGCUGCCCUCCUUGCCUCACCUGCUUCCACUCCACCGCUGGUCACCACCACCGUCGACACCACCGCAACACACCGCCUGACGGUCCUCUACACCACCUUACCCCCACCCGUCUCUGGAUUCAGCUUCAAGGGCGGUAGGCCGCGCUGCUUUGCGUUCUGGCAGGAGUUCCAAAAGUGCUACGUGCAGGCGGAUACGCCGUCGGACUGCAUCGGCGCCAAGGAGGACUACCUCGAGUGUCUGCAUCACACCAAGGAGAUCGCGCGCGCAAAGGAGAUCAAAGACACCUGGAUCGCGCGCCAGACCAAAGAUGCACACGCCGCACGCGAAAAGGGCGAGGUGCGCGCCACCUCCUCCAUCAUGGACCUCGGCCUCAUAAACGACACCAAGAACGACAAGACCGACGCCGCCUCCUCGGGCUCCGAAUCGUCCUAA